AAAAUAAAAAUAAAUGGCAUUACGAAUUACAUAAUAUUAGACAAGGAAAAGAUGAGAGAGUAGAUGAAUACUUCGCAAGGUUCAAACGUCUAUUGGCCAAGGUAGAUCCUGAAAAAGUGCUUCCAGAAGAAUAUACUACUCGAAUGUAUAUUUCUGGUUUGGAAGAAGAAAUUGCUAUGUUGGUUGUAUUAGAAAAUACUAAUAUCUUGGCUGACGCUGUCACCGGUGGUCUUUGGUUUUCUCAAGAACCACCUGAUAGA